AUGCAUAAGACAGUCAGAAUAUUUUUUGUGUUUUUUGUCAAUUUUGAGAGACUUAAAGCUAGUUUUAGUGAUGAUUUACCAACAUUUGAAAUUUUAUGGGCACCUGAUGUCGUGAUUGUGGGCGAAAGUCAUGAAAUUUUGUUGAAAUUCGGACCUCAACUAAACCAAUCAGCAACAGUAUCCUUCAUCGAAAAUCAACCAAAUCUCAUCAGCUGGUCACCAAAAACAAUCUCAACGUAUCCAAAUUCUUCACAAUCGAAUUUCAUCAUUAAAAUUGACGCCUUAAAGGCUGGAAGUGUCGAAGUGACUGGAAAGUCAGCACCAAAAGAUCUUAUCAAUGACUUUAACUUGUUUUUCAAAAUUGGAAUUGGAAAUUCACGUGCUUUAAUAAUUGUGUCAUUAAUUGUUGGAUGGAUCUACUUUUUUGCAUGGAGUGUCAACUCAUAUCCACAAGUGUGGCUAAAUUAUAAGAGAAAAUCAGUGAUUGGAUUGAGUUUUGACUUCCUCGCGCACAACAUGUUCGGUCAUAUAGUUUACACAAUUUUCAAUAUUUGUUUUUAUUUUGUGAAAUUCUUUCAAGACGAAUAUUUUGUGAGAUUUCCACAUGGUCAGCCUUCUGUACUGCUGAAUGAUGUUUUUGCAUCGACACAUGGCGUUCUUGUUUAUGUGCUUAUAAUAUUGCAGUGCUGUAUGUAUCAGCGAGGAACUCAACGAGUCUCUAACACAACGUGGUCAAUAAUCGGAGGUUAUUUAGUGACGAUCAUUGCGAUUGCGGUACUUUGUACGAUUGGCAAACUCCACUGGCUAGAUUUUCUUUACGUUCUAAGCUACAUCAAGCUAGCCAGUACUUUGACUAAGUACAUUCCACAAGCUGUGCUGAAUUAUCACAGAAAAAGUACAGUUGGAUGGAGCAUUGAGAAUAUUUUGUUCGACCUUACCGGAGGUGUUUUAUCGAUUCUGCAGAUGUUCAUUAAUUCUUACAAUUAUGAUGACUGGCAAUCAAACUUUGGGAAUCCAACAAAACUCUUACUAGGAAUUGUAACAAUUAUUUUCGAUGUCAUGUUCAUCAAUCAGCAUUAUUGUCUAUAUAGGCAUAAAGAUGUGCCAUCAAAGAUUCCUGGAAUUCAUGAAAGUAAUGCUACAAUAAAUACUGUUGUGAUGAUGGAACCUGACACAAAGGAUGAGAAAUUUUGA